ACGGCAGCGCACCCCAGGGCGCAUGCGUGCUGUGCAGCGCGGUCUCAGGGAAGGUGGGGCUAUGGCAGCUGCUAGGGACCCUCCGGAAGUAUCGCUGCGAGAAGCCACCCAGCGAAAAUUGCGGAGGUUUACCGAACUGAGAGGCAAACUGGUAGCACCUGGAGAAUUCUGGGACAUAGUUGCAAUAACAGCGGCUGAUGAAAAACAGGAACUUGCUUACAACCACCAGCUGUCAGAAAAGCUGAAAAGAAAGGAGUUACCCCUUGGAGUUCAGUAUCAUGUUUUUGUAGAUCCUGCUGGAGCCAAAAUUGGAAAUGGAGGAUCAACACUUUGUGCCCUUCAACAUUUGGAAAAGCUAUAUGGAGAUAAAUGGAAUUCUUUUCUCAUCCUAUUGAUUCACUCUGGUGGCUACAGUCAACGACUUCCAAAUGCAAGUGCUCUGGGAAAAAUUUUCACUGCUUUACCUCUUGGUAACCCCAUUUAUCAGAUGCUAGAAUUAAAACUAGCCAUGUACAUUGAUUUCCCCUUACAUAUGAAUCCUGGAAUUUUGGUAACCUGUGCAGAUGAUAUUGAACUUUAUAGUACUGGAGAAUUUGAGUUUAUUAGGUUUGACAAACCUGGCUUUACCGCUUUAGCUCAUCCUUCUACUUUGACGAUAGGUACCACACAUGGAGUAUUUGUCUUAGAUCCUUUUGAUGAUUUAAAACAUAGAGACCUUGAAUACAGAUCUUGCCAUCGUUUCCUUCAUAAGCCCAGCAUAGAAAAGAUGUAUCAAUUUAAUGCUGUGUGUAGACCUGGAACUUUUUGUCAACCGGACUUUGCUGGGGGUGACAUCGCCGAUCUUGAAGUAGACUCUGACUAUGUCUACACAGAUAGCCUAUUUUAUAUGGAUCAUAAAUCAGCAAAAAUGUUACUUGCUUUUUAUGAAAAAAUAGGCACACUGAGCUGUGAAAUAGAUGCCUAUGGUGACUUUCUACAGGCUUUAGGACCUGGAGCAACUGUGGAGUACACCAGAAACACAUCAAAUGUCGUUAAAGAAGGGUCAGAGUUGGUAGAAAUGAGGCAGAGAAUAUUUCGUCUUCUUAAAGGAACAUCAUUAAAUGUUGUUGUUCUUAAUAACUCCAAAUUUUAUCACAUUGGAACAACCGAAGAAUAUUUGUUUUACUUUACCUCAGAUAACAGUUUAAAGUCAGAGCUCGGCUUACAGUCCAUAACUUUUAGUAUCUUUCCAGAUAUACCAGAAUGCUCUUGCAAAACAUCCUGUAUCAUUCAAAGCAUACUGGAUUCAAGAUGUUCUGUAGCACCUGGCUCAGUUGUGGAGUAUUCUAGAUUGGGGCCUGAUGUUUCAGUUGGGGAAAACUGCAUUAUUAGUGGUUCUUAUAUCCUAACGAAAGCUGCCCUCCCUGCACAUUCUUUUGUGUGUUCCUUAAGUUUAAAGAUGAAUAGAUGCUUAAAGUAUUCAACUAUGGCAUUUGGAGUGCAAGACAACUUGAAAAAGAGUGUGAAAACAUUGUCAGAUAUAAAGUUACUUCAAUUCUUUGGAGUCUGUUUCCUGUCAUGCUUAGAUGUUUGGAAUCUUAAAGUUACAGAGGAACUGUUCUCUGGUAACAAGACGUGUCUGAGUUUGUGGACUGCACGCAUUUUCCCAGUUUGUUCUUCUUUGAGUGAUUCAGUUACAACAUCCCUAAAGAUGUUAAAUGCUGUUAAGAACAAGUCAGCAUUCAGCCUGAAUAGCUAUAAGUUGUUGUCCAUUGAAGAAAUGCUUAUCUACAAAGAUGUAGAAGAUAUGAUAACUUACAGGGAACAAAUUUUUCUAGAAAUCAGUUUAAAAAGCAAUUUGAUUUAGAGACAUUUUAAAUAUUGUACACUUUGCCCUUUUGAGUAACAUUCCCGAGAUAGGUAUUUUCUGUAGGUUGUUUCACUGAACUCAAUUAAUGAAAAUUAUGUUAAUGUAAUUCCUGUAGCAUAAUAAUAAUAGCACAAAAGUACAUAUAAAUCAUUUUUGAAGAAAAAUAUUUCAAGACUAAGUUGAGAAAAUGAUAUUUUUUGGAUGUAUAUCAGAUUUUAGUUUUUAAUAAUGAUUGAUUUGUGGAGCAUUGUUUUUUCACAUAGUUUUAAAGGUAAUUUUCUAAGCAUAUCUUUAGAAUUUUUCCAUCUUUUUUGAGGCUUUUGAUCCAGUGAAGUUCUAAGUAUUCACUGGCACUUCUCUCCUCAACUGUAAUUCUAUUUUGAAUAAUAAAAAUGGCAUACUGUAGGAUGUUCAGAGUAGUGUAGGAAUACUGUAGAAAUACUUUUUCAGAAACAAAUCCGGGCCGGGCGCGGUGGCUCAAGCCUGUAAUCCCAGCACUUUGGGAGGCCGAGACGGGCGGAUCACGAGGUCAGGAGAUCGAGACCAUCCUGGCUAACUUGGUGAAACCCCGUCUCUACCAAAAAAAAAAAAAAAAAAAAAAACAGAAACAAAUCCAUAGCUGACACAUUCACUCAGUGCCCAAUAUAUUGUGAUUAUUUUAGUUGAUAAAUAACUAGAUACAAAAACCUGAAAUUGAUGAUAAAAUUCAUAUCUCAUUAAUUUUAUUAAAAUGAAACUAAAAGUACAUAUGUAUUAUACACUUGAACAUGUGUUUGUAUAUCUUUAAAUUUUUCCUUUAUGUUCCAUUCCAUAGGAAAACACAUACAUAUGCACACAAAACUCAGUUAUCUGUGGGGAAAGUGGUAGUAAUAAUUGAAAUUCAUCAAUAAUCAUAUAAUUUCACUAUAGACUUUACUUGUAUUAUCUCCUGUCAGUCCUUCUAACAAAACUGAAAUUACCAAAUGAACUGAAUUUACUUUUCAUCUUAGUUUUUAUCCACACAUUGGUGAUGCUGAGAAACAAUAAUUGGUCCAAAUGCAGACAUCAAGAAGCAGGCAGGAAAAUGGAAAAACUUAGAUAAUACACAGAUGAUAAAGUUUCAAGAAAAUAAAAAUUGGCUGGAAUCUCAAGUUGUGUGUUUCUAUAUUGGUGUAAGCAUGUAAGUGAAAAGUCUUUGUACUACAGUGUAAUAGAGAAAAGAUUUGUCAGUGUGUGUUUUUUUUAAUGAAAUAACUAGUCUGUGCUACUUUAUGUCAAUGUAAAAAUUGGUAAACUAGAAGUAAAUUGUCCACAACCCUCAGUUAUGAUACUUGUGUUUGGGGUUUUUUUUUUUUUUCCAAAGUUUUUUCCAAGGAUAAGAUACAAAUACAUGGUAGCUAUUGUUUAAAAAUGAUUGAUUUACUUGCAGAUUUUUCAGAGGAUGUUAUGUGUUUGUCAUUCACUAAAUGUUCAGAAUUGUAGUUUUACCAAAUCUGAAGUGCCAUCAAUUAUAAGAAUCACCAUUAUUUUAUGUUCCAUUAAGAAAAACACAAUAAAACAUGACACAAUGCUUUGUUACUUGAAAUUUUCAUAUUUAUUGGAGAUCUCUUUUAGUUGUUUUUAAAUACAGAUUUUUAUUUAACCCUCUUGCAUAUACAUAUCAAAUAAAAAAGUGAAAUAUUGAAUGAAUGUACAUAUAAAAUAACAAAAAAGUAAAAUAUUGAGAUAUCAUCAAGAAAUUUCUACAGCUUCACAUUCAAACUCUCCAGCACUUUCAGAGCUAUUGAUAUGCAUAUGUCCACCUAGUACCUUCUGUGCUUUCAGAGUUAUUGGUAAGGCUGUAUUUCCUGAGUGCUCUUACCACACUUAUGUCUGGAUUUUUUUUUACCUAACUGCAGACCCACACUCCUGCAAGUUUUGAUACCCUUCUGUUUGACAAAACUCAGUUUCACUUUUGCUUCAGUUUAAUCACAGGUCCUUAGAAGAUCGGACCUGUGAUUGAUUUGUCACAAAUUGAUGUCAUAUUAACAUGUUAAUAUUAAAAUUAUUGUUUGGUAAACCAGAAGUGACCAUCUGAAGCCCUCAAAUAUGGUAUUUGUGUGUUUAUUUUUUCUUUUUCAAGAUUCUUUUUAAAGAAAAUAUAUGAUAGCUGUUGUUUAACAUUUAUUUACUUAGAGUGUUCAGAGGAUGUUAUGUGUUUAUUAAGUGCUCACUACUGUAUUUUACCUAAUCUGAAUUUUAACCAUAAUCCUGCACAAUGCAUGGAUUCCAGUUGCUUUGAAAUGGUUCUGUUCACAGGACUUAUCAAGGUCUCUUGCUCUGAGAUGUAUUGCUUGGUGUAUAGUAGCACACACAUACCACCAAUAGUGUACCUAAUUCAACUGAAAUGACAGUCAUAUACACAGAUAUGACCAAGUUCACUUGUGAGCAAGUAACAACUCCAUGACUAUUGCUGCCUAAUAGCUAUUAUACUAUCAUUUGUAAGGCACAUUCUGUUUUCUGGGAUGUCGUAAUGUGGAGAAAAAAAGAUGAAUUAGGAAAUGAUUCUAACCUAAAUGUGUGUUUUAGUAAAAGGAUCUAGGCAAAAAAAAAAAAAAAAAGUAAGUCACUCCUAAAUUUAAUCCCUGAAUGUAGUGUACAUGAUGAGAGAGAAGUAUAUUUUUGAUAAGAAGUGACUAAAUUUUGUAACAAUCUUAAUUUUUCAGGCUUUUCAUUUAGUCUCCCAAUAAAGAUUUGUUUUUUUUUCUGAAUUUUAUCAGCAAUAGAAAAAUAAGACCUAAAUGGAUAAGUUUGAAAUUAAACAUUUUGUCUCAUUUUA